AUGGCUUCGAGGAAGAGAUCCCCAGAGUCGGCACCGGCAUCCGCAUCGAAGCAGGCCAAAUUGUUCCAGCCUGUGGCCGUGAAGUUUGAGCCCACGGAGUUGAUCCACUCGGUCAAUCUGCAACGAAUUACUGCUGUGACCAAAGCCAGAGAUGAGAUCCUUCAGCACCCAAUCUUUGCAGACAUGCUUUCUGCUUCACCAUUGAAGAUGGAAGAGGGCAAUCACAAGGCCCAGAGGGAUAACGUGUCCUUCAGUGCGAAGCAUGCAACUACAACAUUGAGCUCCAGCGGCAAGUAUGACUGCUCUGCAAACCUUUUCUGGCUGAAGCUCACUCAUCUUUCGCAGCCAGGUGUUCCCAUCAGCGAGCGUUCCAUCAAUGUGAUUAUGGAGACGAAAUUUGCAACUCCACAGACAUUGCUUGACCAGUUUGUGGUACGAGCUCCUGAUCAGGCCACAGGAGAAUCCAUCAUGAGGAGGUUCGGGGCACUCGAGUUUGUGAGCCCACCAGAGCUCGUCCAUGCACUGGUGCUUCGGAUCCAUGAGCGUCUUGGAGAGGCAGACGAGGAUGAGCUGCAAGGGUGGCGGAAGCUGUGCCUUUGCUCCACCUUCAUCUUCGAAACCUUGGGAACUGCAGAGGAGGCCUACUGGCGUGCUGUGAACCUCCGCGAGAUGGUGGUCUCAGACUUUGAGUCCCUCGCCCGCGAUGUCACACAGCGAGUGUAUGAACUUGUCGGCUACAGAUCACUGAUCAAGACCACGGCCAACAGGGAUCUCUCCAACAAAGAGCUCGCUUCUGCGUGGAAGGAGCACGUGAUCCAGACUGAUUCCAAGUUCAGUGAUCGUGUGACUGAAAAUUUCGUGGAUACCGCGAUGAAGGUGUACCACAGGCUGUUCACUGCUGCGCCAGAGAGUUUGGACAUCAUAAUGGAGGAUUGUUGGCCGCCGUGUUCUGCCAUGGGUGCUGUAGAAGAUGCCAAGCUCCAUGGCAAAGCGUCGCCCUUCAACCAGUUGAGUUCUUUGGAGCAGAUCACCAUGAAGGGCAAGACCGCUGAGAAUAUGUUGUGGAUCAUGAAGAGCAUGGUGGACUACCUGCACCACAUGCCGGAUGAGUUUGGGCCCACAAACUUUACCUUCCGACAGCUCAAAGGUGCUUCAGGAUCUGUUGGAUACAUCCAAUUGUUUCUCACGAAGAAGGAAGUCAUGGAAUACUUUGUGACCAACGUCCUGUGCAAGUUUCCAAGAGAAUCAUUCAAAGACAUGGUGAAGUUGAACUUGACCAACCACAACAUCUUCAGAUCCUUCUGCGGAAGUGAAGGCAAGGAAGUUGACUUGUCAUGGCAGGGCGAGUACACAGAUGCAGAAAUCUUAGUGGUGCAGUUCCUGAAGGUUGCAGUGUUUGGCAAGACGCCGGACCCGCAUUUCAAAACAAUUUUGAAAGGAGGCACCAACAUUGAGGACGUCAUGCUGUCCCAAAAAGUUGCUGACCUUGUUUCCGAAAUCUUGCUCAAGCUAGAGGCAGAGAUCAGCCCAGGCAAAGUGAAGGAAUCUGUGUUGGCUGCUGAUGAUGACGAGGAUCCAGAGACGAAGGUUUCUUUGGAAAGCUUGGUGGACAGUGAGCUCCUAGAGGAUGAGGAGAACGCCAAAGAACUUCAAGAACACCUGCGAGCAGUGAAAGAGUAUGCUGGGCGCUUCAUCACGUUCAGGCCAUUUGAGCAGUCGGUUCUGAAGACACAACAGUUGCUGGAAGGCACUGUGCUGCAGAAGUUUCCCGUGCGUGGGAAAUAUUGGUGCGUGUGGUAUGACACCAAAACUCAAGGUGAAUCAUCUGCACAGCCACACUGCCGCUGUCCUCCAUACCAGAAGGCAACGUUCAAGAAGCAUGUUCAUGCAGCUUUCCAGGCCCGUGGUGAGACAGAGAUCACUGAGGAGACAUUGGUGAUGUGCAUGGAUGGGUUUCGUUCUUUGGAAGCCCAAUUCUCCAAGGAUUUGGUGCUGCCCAGUGGUGACGUGAUGAUGAAAUCCCUCAAUACCUUUCAGGUGGCAUAUGACGAAAAGGCUCUCAGAACCAGAAAAUGCCUUACCCGUGGCAUGGUGUCCCAGGUGGAAGGGCUGCAUGUCUACAGCAAAGAGGGCUUGGCUUUGACAGACCGGGAGAGAAAGACCUAUGUAGGCUCCACACAUGGUUCCUUGAUUGGACCGGUGGUUGUGUCUCCCUUCCGUGGCGGAUUCCUGGUGAGCAAGGAAUGCAAGGAGAAGAUGCUGGGGGAAAACGGGAAGGUGCUGGCAGGAGGUCCUUGUCAAGGUCAAGGUUCUCUUCCUGGAGACAUCGAGGACAUGUUGCCUGCCAGCUUCUACUCCCUUCCGACCGCAUUCUACAUUGAAAUGAUCCACUCCUUCGAGCUGGGUGGUGUCUAUGAUAGCACCUGCAUGGAUGUGAACUUCGCUUUGGCAUGCUUGAAAUCGAAAGUUCCAUAUAUAGGCUCAUGCCUCUCUGAGUAUGCUUGCGAGGUGCUGGAAGCUGAAGUGGUCCGUGCUUGCUGGAAGGAGUUCCUUACUCCUGAGUCUGAGCUGUAUGAUGUCAAUCUGCACAAGCUGGUGGAUGCCCAGGGCACUCAAGGAGUCAAAGGAGCCAAAGGAGGCAAAGGCAAAAAGGGCGAUCGAUGUGAUGCGCAGGGGCCGCAGGGGCACACUGACAGUAGUGGACUCCGUGUUGGCAGCUGCUGCAGUGGCUUGAGCGCAGAACUUCUGGCCUUGGAGAUGUUAAGGGUAUCGUUUGUGAGUUGCGUGGCGUGUGAAAUCGAUCACAAGUUGCUGAAUUUGAACCAUGCAAUGCAUGGCCAUUGCAAUGUCUUUUCAGAUUGCUGCACAGAGGAAUUCUUAGCUUCUCCAAGCUGUGACUUAUUUGUAGCAGGUUUUCCGUGCCAGCCUUUCAGCAAAGCAGGAAACAACCAUGGCAUCCUGGACCCACGCGGUCAUGUGAUUUUCUGGAUCCUGCGGUGGCUGUGGCUUCACAAGCCCUUGUGCUUCAUUUUGGAGAAUGUGGGCAAUUUUGCUCAACAACACAAAGAGACUUUGGACAUGAUUAUUAGCAUCCUGACCGUCAUGAAUAUAUACCACGUGGAAUGGAAAGUGCUGGAGAAUUCUGCGGUUGGUUGGCUGCCGCAACAUCGGGAGCGCAUUUUCAUCUGCGGGGUUCGCAAAGCUUCAUUGCUUAGGCCGUUUGUCUGGCCAGGGGAUGUGGCCAUGCUUCCUUUACGAAACUACUUUAAGGAAAACAUCCAGCAUCAAGAAGAGCUGGGCAUGGAUUCCCUGAACAACACGGAGAAGAAUAAUGUGCAGAAGCUUGCUGCCAAUGUCGCAAAACAGGGCUGGAUUCUCGGACACGAGGAGUAUGUUUGUGACAUUUCGGGCAGCGUGCCUCACGCUAUGUGGGGUGUAAGUCCAUGCUUGACAGUGACCCGAGCUGGCUCUUCAGGCCAUUGGCUCUCCUGGCUUGAGCGUAAGAUGACAACCCGCGAGAUUCUCAGCCUUCAAGGCACCAGUCUCGAAAGGGUUGGUGAUUACUGGCACCAUAUGUCAGAACGCCAGCUACGCCGAGCAGCUGGAAAUGCUGUGCCGGUACCACUGCUGGCGCGAGUGAUCAAGAUGGUUCUGAUUGCUUGUGGGAAGGUGCAUUAA